GUAAAACCCGGCUGCCAGCUGCGGCACUCGGGGUCCUGGAUGUCCCAGCCCUUCCCUCGGCCAGGUGGAGCGAGGCACUGACCCAGAGCAGGAAAAAAGCGAUUUCAAGCCCCUGAGGGAGGAUGUGGGCUUACACCGUGGGCUUCACCGUCCUGCCCCACGUCGGAGGGUUCCUUGGCUGGUUCCUGAACAGGAAGGAAAUCCCAGCGUGGUACGAGAAGCUGAAAAAACCUUCCUGGUGCCCAUCCCGCAGAGUGUUCCCUGUGGCCUGGACCAUGCUGUACACGGGCAUGGGCUACGCCUCCUACCUGGUGUGGAACGACCUGGGUGGCUGCAGCAGCAAGGCCAUCGUGCCCCUGGGGCUCUACGGGGCUCAGCUGGUGCUCAACUGGGCAUGGCCACCCUUGUUCUUCGGUGCCCGCAACCUGAACAUGUGGCCACAGCUCGGUCCCGGUGUCCUGGGGAAGAUGGCAGAGAAGCAGGAGGAGCCCAGCAAUGCCCAGAACGGGGAACCCGACAACGCCGAGGAGGGCGAGGGGAAGAAGAAGAAGGUGAAGAGGGAGGACCUGCCACCCUUUGAGAUUGUGACAGGGGAACGCCUCCCAGCCAUCUUCUUCAAAUUCCAGUUCAGGAACGUGGAGUACAGCUCGGGCAGGAACAAAACCUUCCUGUGCUACGUGGUGGAGACGCAGGGCAAGGAGCCGGUGACCAGCCGGGGGUACCUGGAGGACGAGCACGCGGCCGCCCACGCCGAGAUGGCUUUCUUCAACACCAUCCUGCCCACGUGCCAGGCGGGUGCCCGCCACGAUGUCACCUGGUACGUGUCCUCCAGCCCCUGCGUCACCUGCGCCCAGAGGAUCUGCGAGGCCCUGCGCAAGAACAAGGGGCUGCGCCUCACCAUCAUGGUGGGCAGGCUCUUCAUGUGGGAAGAGCCCGAGAUGCAGGCGGCCCUCAGGAGCAUGAAGGAGGCCGGCUGCAAGCUGAGGAUUAUGAAGCCUCAAGACUUUGAGUAUGUCUGGAAGAACUUUGUGGAGCAGGAGGAAGGGGAGGAGGCCAAGUCCUUUGUGCCCUGGGAGGAUAUUCAGGAGAACUUCCAGUACUACGAGGAGAAGCUGGCGGAGAUCUUGCACUGAGGCUCAGGAUCAGAAAGGAUCCAUGAAGAGAUGUGACAGACCUGGACCCCCGGGACAGUCCUGCUUCCCAAAGCUUUGAUUCCAGCAGGAUGGAGAACCAGCCUCUGGGAGACAAGGCCCUGUGGGACUCCAAACACACACACACACACACAACACAGGCCUCUGGUGUUUGGGAUUUUUUGGGUGUUUUUUGUUCCUCCCCCUCCCUGCCCCAACCAAACCCAUGCUGUGGUGAAUGGGAUGGCAGCGAUCCACAGGCAGGCUGUGGGAUCAUAUUCUGGGAAUAUUUCAUGGGAAGAGACCUUAGAACAAAGCUGCUGGUUAGAUAAAUGCAUUAGAAAGGGGAAAAGAAAGGGAUUUAAGGUGAAAAAGAAGUUUUCUCCCUCUGUUCUCCUCAAUAGUCAGAGCUGUGAUUUAAUUCAGGGCCAACAGCUCUCUUCCAAAUCAUGACAGAGCCCAAGAACUCGAUAUCAAACAAUAUUGUUUGGGAUAUAAACGUGGGAAAAGCAGAGAGAAAUAAAAUGGGAAGCCACUGCAAAAGCCAAAGCACUGUUUAUUCCUUCUUC